AUGGCAGGAGCUUUAGAGAACGCACGUAAGGAAAUUAAAAGAGUAUCACUCGAGGAUCACGCUGAAUCUGAAUAUGGAUCUAUCUAUUCAGUUUCAGGUCCCGUUGUGGUGGCAGAAAAUAUGAUUGGUUGUGCCAUGUAUGAAUUAGUUAGGGUGGGUCACGACAAUUUAGUUGGUGAAGUGAUUAGAAUCGAUGCAGACAAGGCUACUAUUCAAGUUUACGAAGAAACUACUGGUGUCACUGUAGGUGAUCCUGUUUUACGUACUGGUAAACCACUUUCUGUUGAAUUGGGUCCAGGUCUUAUGGAGACGAUUUAUGAUGGUAUUCAGAGACCAUUAAAAAGUAUUAAGGAUAAAUCUGAAUCUAUUUACAUUCCUAGAGGUGUUAAUGCGCCAGCAUUGAGUAGAGAUGCUAAAUGGCAUUUCGUUCCUUCAGAUCACAGAGUUGGUGAUCAUUUAGCUGGUGGUGACAUCUUUGGUACGGUUUUCGAAAACAAUUUAAUUGAAUCUCACAAGAUUAUGUUACCACCAAGAGCAAGGGGUACGAUUACCUGGAUUGCAACAGAAGGUGAGUACACUAUUGAAGAGAAGGUUAUAGAAGUAGAGUUUGAUGGUCAAAAGAAUGGCUACAGUAUGUUUCAUACUUGGCCAGUGCGUGUUCCUAGACCUGUGGCAGAAAAGUUGUCUGCAGAUGUCCCACUUCUUACUGGUCAAAGAGUUUUAGAUGCGCUCUUUCCAUGUGUUCAAGGUGGUACCACAUGUAUUCCAGGUGCUUUUGGUUGCGGUAAAACCGUUAUUUCUCAAUCUUUAUCCAAAUUCUCCAACUCAGAUGCAAUUGUCUAUGUGGGAUGCUUCGCCAAAGGAACUGAGGUCAUGAUGUCUGAUGGUUCCAUCAAAGAGGUUGAAGGUAUCGAAGUCGGUCAAGAAGUUAUGGGUAAGGAUGGUAAGCCAAGAGAGGUUGUUAGAACACCAAGUGGUCGUGAGAAGAUGUACAAAGUUUCGCACAAGACCGCCCAUAGAGCCCAUAAAUCUGAUUCUACUUCUGAACGUUUCGGACUCUUUGAAUACACUUGUAAUGCAACCCACAAGUUGGUUGUUAGGACUUCAAGAUCUUGCCGCCCUCUCGUUCGCAACAUUCAGGGCACAGACUACGUUGAAGUUUGUCUUUUUAACAUGACUAAGAAGACUCUCGAAGAUGGCAGAGUUAUUGAUAUCGUGGAGGAGACAUCCGACUUUUACCCUGCAGUUGAAGGCCCUGAGAAAGCUCUCAGAAUCUUGAAGGAGUAUGCCGAAGCUGACGGUGGAAAAGAGUAUUUCGAAUGGACGAUCGAAGCAAGAGAUGUUGCCCUCUUAAGCGCCCAAGUUAGAAAGGCUACCUAUCAGCUAAGUGCCCCAGUUUUGUUGGAGAAUAAUCACUUUUCCCACUACUUGAAAGAUUCCAACUCUGCUGUAGGAAAUGAUACGGUACGUGCCCUAUCUUAUUUCCUUGGUUUGUGGAUUGGCGAUGGUAUGUUGAAUAAUGCUGCUACCUUCUCGGUUGACUCUCAAAAUGCAUCUCUGCUAAACCGUAUUAAUGAGUUCGCUGAAGUCUUGGGUUUAUCUGCUGAAUACAAGGAUAGCCAAGAACCAAAGCGUGCUAAGACAGUUAACCUGUAUGCCAAGGCAAUUAGAGAUGAAGGCGUUCGUAAGAACUUGGACACUCAUAAUCUUUUGUGGGAUGCUAUUGUUGAUUUGGGAUAUUUGAAGGAUGAUUCCAAGAAUGUUCCAGGUUACAUCUGCAGCGAUAGUUUCCAACACCGUGAGGUGUUCCUUGCAGGUAUAAUUGAUUCAACUGGCUAUGUUAGUGAUGAGACUGCAACUGUUAAGACGAUUGAUCAAUCUGUCAUGACAGGUACUGUUGCGGUUGCUCGCUCUUUGGGUAUUAAUGUUUCCGUCGACGUUGAAGUUGAUGAGGAUGGAGUUGACCGUAGUUUUGUCUAUGCUAUCUACAUGGAUAGAAGCGAUGCUUUGCUGGCCGUCCUUGCAAAUUGUGCAUCUAACAAUAAGCAAAUUGAGGCCCCUCCUCAUGGAGUUAUCCGUGAGUUUAACAAGGCCUAUUUUGAAAUGGAAGAACUCGAAGAAGAUGAAUAUUAUGGUCUAACUUUAUCCAACGAAUCUGAUCAUCAAUUUUUGUUAGCUAAUCAACUUGUUGUUCACAAUUGUGGUGAACGUGGUAAUGAGAUGGCCGAAGUGUUGAUGGAAUUCCCAGAAUUGUUUACUGAGGUCAAUGGUCAUAAGGAACCUAUUAUGAAACGUACCACAUUGGUUGCUAAUACUUCUAAUAUGCCUGUGGCCGCUAGAGAAGCUUCCAUCUACACUGGUAUUACUUUAGCAGAAUAUUUCAGAGAUCAAGGUAAAAACAUUUCCAUGAUUGCUGAUUCUUCUUCCAGAUGGGCAGAAGCUUUGAGAGAAAUUUCAGGUCGUCUUGGUGAAAUGCCUGCAGACCAAGGUUUCCCAGCUUACUUGGGUGCCAAAUUGGCAUCAUUCUAUGAGAGAGCUGGUAAGGCAGUGGCCCUAGGUUCACCAGACCGUACCGGUUCUGUCUCCAUCGUUGCAGCUGUUUCCCCAGCUGGUGGUGAUUUCUCUGAUCCUGUUACUACAGCAACUCUGGGUAUCACUCAAGUCUUCUGGGGGUUGGAUAAGAAACUGGCCCAAAGAAAGCAUUUCCCUUCGAUCAACACAUCUGUGUCUUAUUCCAAAUAUACAAACGUGUUGGGCAAGUACUACGAUCAAAACCAUCAAGAAUUCCCUGCUUUAAGAGAUCACAUUAAGGAAAUUUUAUCCAAUGCUGAGGAAUUAGAACAAGUUGUUCAAUUGGUUGGUAAAUCUGCAUUGUCAGACAGUGAUAAGAUUACUUUAGAUGUGGCAACUUUGAUUAAAGAAGAUUUCUUACAACAAAACGGUUAUUCUACCUACGAUGCCUUCUGUCCUAUUUGGAAGACUUAUGAUAUGAUGCGUGCAUUCGUUGGUUACCAUGACGAAGCUCAAAGAGCAAUUGCCAAUGGUGCAAGUUGGGCAAAACUAUCAGAAGCAACUAGCGAUGUGAGACAUUCAGUUUCUUCAUGUAAGUUUUUCGAACCAAGCAGAGGUGAAAACGAAGUCCAUAACGAAUUCGAAAAGGUGUUGACCAAGAUGCAAGAAAGAUUCGCUGAGUCUACGGAUUAA